UUCUUAUCUUAAAGAUAAGUAAUCAUUUUAUUAGUAACUAUCAUGUCAAAAUAAAUUGUGUUUUUUACAAUUCAGUUCCAUUUGUGCUAAGUGAUCUUCACAAUGAGUUUAUUGGGUAGAGUGGCUCUUAUAACUGGUGCUAGUUCGGGAAUUGGUGCUGCCAUUGCGCUGAAAUUCAUUUCUGAAGGAGCUAAAGUGGCAAUUGUUGGACGGAAUGUGAGCAAACUUAAAAAUGUGUCUGCCAAAUGUGAAGAGCUCGGCAAGGAACAUUUGCCGUUAAUUGGUGACGUAACCGACGACGAUAACGUGAAGAGAAUUGUGGAUGUUACUUUAACCAAAUAUGGACAAUUGGACAUAUUGGUGAAUAACGCGGGGAUUGCAGGCUUUGCUAGUAUUCUCGCACCUAAUGCUUUGAAAAUGUAUGACUCUUUAAUGUCUGUGAACAUUCGUGCCUUAGUGGGUAUCACAAAUCUUUGCGCUCCGCAUUUGAUCAAAACUAAAGGCAACAUUAUUAACAUCUCCAGUGUAUCCGGCGUCCGACCUUAUAUUGGUACAGGUUUCGCUUACAACGUCUCCAAGGCCGCAGUUAAUCAUUUUACUAGUACUAUAGCAGGGGAACUUGCAAGGAAUGGCGUCCGGGUUAAUGUCGUCAACCCUGGUCCAGUCCACACGGACAUAGUCAAGAAUACUGGUAUGGCAGAAGAUGAUGAAGCUAAAUUAUGGCUAGCAAUGAAGAAAUCGACAGCGUUGGGUAAAAUAGCAGACGCUGAAGAGGUUGCCGAGCUGGUGCUGUUCUUGGCGAGUGACAAAGCUAGAAGCAUCACAGGAUCAUCAUUCCUUAUUGAUAAUGGAACUGUAGUCAAAUCAUAAUCGAAUAAGUUUUCCAACAUUUGGUUUCAUGAAUAAACAGCGAACCCGAAAAAUGUAUGAUUUUCUUUUUCCUAAACAUGAUGCUAAUGUUGUUUAACAUUUCUUUUGCAUAAUUAAUGUUAAUUUAAUCAUUCUUCAUUACUGUCAGCCUACACCUUCCAAAAGUUGUAGCAAACUUGUGUCUAACCGCAUUAUCAGAGUAUUGAAGUGGAAACAUCGCAUUUCAGAAUCCUAUAUCACAUUUAUUGGAAUGUGUGUUCGAUAUCAACUUCGUCGACAGUUGGAUAAUGAACCGUGUCUCGUAACUUUAAAACUCAAUUUCAGUGUGACCCAGUUUGUAGUAUCGAGAUUAUAUUAAGAUAAAUUUUAUCGAUUUUAGGUUUAACUGGAGUUGAUACGAUGCCAGAUCUAGUGCGGCCUCUGUGGAUGUGUCUUGGGAAUUUGUAAUAUUUCCACCUGAGCCAGCCAUGAGCGGCUGCAGCGUUACGGUCGGUAUCCUUAUGGUGCUCAUCGCCUGCGCAGCAUCAGCUCCGGCCUCCAUGAAGCGAAACCUUCCGACUUUAGUGUCCGCUGUCACUACAGGACUUGAGUUACCUACUGACCUGAUCAGUGGUUUAGGAGAGGGAACGGCAUCCAUACAAGUGGUGGUCAAUGUUCUCACUGAUAGUCAGGGGAAUAUUCAAGUAUAUACCCACUGACUGUAAAUGCAGGAAAGGAGUAAGAUAAAUUUGCUGUCUUGAAGAGCAAGAGAGGGUGGAAGAAAUCAACGAAACAUGAUUGCACGAACAGUACUAUAGGCAUUGUUUUCAUAUUGAUUGUAAUAAAUAAAUAAAAUAAAUACACACACACAUAGCCUCAUGAGUGUGUGCGUUAUUUAUUUUAUUUAUACUUGCACUAGGGAAACUGUAU